CGGGAACGCCGUGGUGUCGUACGCAGCCCGAGGCCCGACGCUGAACCGGAAUAGAGGAGGAGGAGGAAGAGGAAGAAGAGGAGGAGGAGGAGGAAGAAGAAGAAGAGAAGGAAGAGGAAGAAGAGGAGAAAGCGGAGGAAGAAGAGGAUGAGGAAGAGGAGAAAGAAGAAGAGGAGGAAGAAAUGGAGGAAGAAGUAGAGGAGGAGGAAGAGGAAGAACAGAAGGAAGAGGAGGAGGAAGAAGAGGAUGAGGAAGAGGAGGAAGAAGUAGAGGAGGAGGAAGAGGAGGAAGAGGAUGAGAAAGAGGAGAAAGAAGAAGAGGAGGAAGAAAUGGAGGAAGAAGUAGAGGAGGAGGAAGAGGAAGAACAGAAGGAAGAGGAGGAGGAAGAAGAGGAUGAGGAAGAGGAGGAAGAAGUAGAGGAGGAGGAAGAGGAGGAAGAGGAUGAGAAAGAGGAGAAAGAAGAAGAGGAGGAAGAAAUGGAGGAAGAAGUAGAGGAGGAGGAAGAGGAAGAACAGAAGGAAGAGGAGGAGGAAGAAGAGGAUGAGGAAGAGGAGGAAGAGGAGGAAGAGGAUGAGAAAGAGGAGAAAGAAGAAGAGGAGGAAGAAAUGGAGGAAGAAGUAGAGGAGGAGGAAGAGGAAGAACAGAAGGAAGAGGAGGAGGAAGAAGAGGAUGAGGAAGAGGAGGAAGAAGUAGAGGAGGAGGAAGAGGAGGAAGAGGAUGAGAAAGAGGAGAAAGAAGAAGAGGAGGAGGAAGAGGAAGAACAGGACGAAGAAGAGGAGGAAGAAGAGGAUGAGGAAAAGGACAAAGAAGAAGAGGAGGAAGAAGUAGAGGAUGAAGUGGAGGAAGAAGUAGAGGAGGAGGAAGAGGAGGAACAGGAGGAAGAAGAGGAUGAGGAAGAGGAGGAAGAAGUAGAGGAGGAGGAAGAGGAAGAACAGGAGGAAGAAGUGGAGGAAGAGGAUGAGAAAGAGGAGAAAGAAGAAGAGGAGGAAGAAGUAGAGGAGGAGGAAGAGGAAGAACAGGACGAAGAAGAGGAGGAAGAAGAGGAUGAGGAAGAGGAGAAAGAAGAAGAGGAGAAAGAAAAAGUGGAGGAAGAAGUAGAGGAGGAGGAAGAGGAACAACAGGAGGAAGAAGAGGAUGAGGAAGAGGAGAAAGAAGAAGUGGAGGAAGAAGUAGAGGAGGAGGAAGAGGAAGAACAGGAGGAAGAGGAGGAAGAAGAGGAUGUGGAAGAGGAGAAAGAAGAAGUGGAGGAAGAAGUAGAGGAGGAGGAAGAGGAAGAACAGGAGGAAGAGGAGGAGGAAGAAGAGGAUGUGGAAGAGGAGAAAGAAGAAGUGGCGGAAGAAGUAGAGGAGGAGGAGGAGGAGGAAGAAGAGGAUGAGGAAGAGGAGACAGAAGAAGUGGAGGAAGAAGUAGAGGAGGAGGAAGAGGAACAUCAGGAGGAAGAGGAGGAGGAGGAGGAAGAGGAACAACAGGAGGAGGAGGAGGAGGAGGAGGAAGAGGAACAACAGGAGGAGGAGGAGGAGGAGGAGGAAGAGGAACAACAGGAGGAGGAGGAGGAGGAGGAGGAAGAGGAAGAACAGGAGGAAGAGGAGGAGGAGGAGGAGGAAGAGGAAGAACAGGAGGAGGAGGAGGAGGAGGAGGAGGAGGAGGAGACAGUUCAGGGUUAAUUGGAGGAAAGCGUGAUGGUUAAUAUUCUAAAUGAAGUGCUGGAUGUGAGGCAGGAAUCCGAGGCUAUCAUUUAUAUCGUUUACUGGUUCGUGGUCCGCUGCGUCUCGAGGCCGCUCGCGCCGGAGCUGAUCUGAAAGAUAUUUAUGAGCGCAUGGAUAUUAAAAGCCUUUAAAAGUGCAGAAAUGCAGCGAGGAAAGAAAAUAACAUUCAUCACGUUUAUUUACAGAAAAUAAAAAAUCACGCUAAUGCUGGAUAAACGACCAGCUUGUGUUUCCAUCAAGCUUUUCUUUUUCUUUUUUAAAAAGUUCACAGAAUUUCUUGAACUCUUUCCGACUCUCGGCCUG